GUUUGUUGAUGUGUAUUUAAUACGAUGCUGUACACUAGAGGGAGCCACUCACUCAGGGUUGAUCAGCUCUGCGGCUGCGCGGCUGCUCCGCCCUCGGCGUCCAAUGUAACAUUCAGGUGAAACUCGGAAAAUCCGGUUACAUCAUUUCUCUAGUUAUUUUAAAUUCUGCAGCAUUUUAUUGUGUUUGAGUAGAAAAUGGAUUCAGUCACAGAAGUGGUGUCUGAUAUGUUUUUUAUAUCAAAGACUUGAGUUUGAUAUCAAGUUAAGUGAAAAUAGGAGUAAACACCGGAUGUAACUUUGACUUUGCAUUUUGAUAAUAGCGUCAUAAUAACACCACACGGUUUCUUCUACAUUUAAAGAAGUCGGGUGAUACACCUCCACCUUUCUUUGAGUUUAACUUGUCGCCCAUGUACGCCGUUUCUUUGAAAAGCCAAAUCUCCGCCGGUCCGUGAACGCACCAGGACUGCGAGCAGGUAGAGUCUGUCAAUGAGAUCCCAGGGGAGCGCGAGAGACAGUCCGGGAGGUAGAACUUUUUGGGACGGUGUCAUAAUUUGUACACGGCGUCUUCUCUCCAACUUUUUGUCAACUUUAAAUGGAGCUCACAGGGAGUUUGGAGCACUUUUAUCCCGUACUCUGUGUGGCCUUUCCACUCUUUUAAUCGUUAAUGAUUUUUUUUUUAAAUAAAUAUAUAAAAACGAUUCAUUUUCUCCCCUCGGUGUUCUCACGAGGAGCGUAUCUAAUUUCUCACGGAGCGGCGGAGGCGCUGAAUUCAAGGGAGCAGCGAGUAAAUGAAGACCGACUGUGGAGGAAAAUAAGUGGAUGGGUCUGUUACAGAAGUCGCUUUGGUUUCGGACCCAGUCUAAUUACAAAGCUAUAAGUUAGUAUAACGGUUCAUUUGCUUUAGUUCAUGUUUAGAUAAAGCGCUGGACUGAAUUUAACUUCUUCGAGGAUUAUUUUUUCGCAACUCCUCGGUUGUAAAAUAUAUAUAUAGAUAUAUAUUUUUAUGUAUGUAUGUAUUACUCCACUUGUUGGCACUGCUUUAUCCGUCAGCAUGCCUUAUAACUUUCCGGCGGCAACCUGUAACUCAGCCUUUGAAGUUCAAGUCGUCGCCCUGCUGCGUUUUUUGUGGAUUUAUCCAGAAAAUGUGGCGCCCACAGGAUGUGCUAUCUUCUGACGCUGUUUGGUCGCAAAAUGUGAUUGUAAGUUACAGUGACACACUGUAAAAAAUAAUAAUAAUAAAAUAAGUACACACGGAUACGGAUGAAGAUCGAUACACUGUUGCCUGGACCUGCCCUGUUGUCCGCAGAGGAUACGGCUGUUUAAGGCGAACACGUUUCAGAUGAGGACAUUUGUUUAUCCCAUGAAGACCAGGCUGGAGGAAACUUGAAGCUCGUAACACAACGUGUCUGUCUUCUCACGGUGUAUCUGAGCAAACAAUGUUUCGCCUCUCACGUUAAUGACACUGGAUAAAAAAAAAAAAAAAAAGUUCACUCAAGCCUUCAAGUUUUUAUCUCAGCUCUGUGUGAAGUUGCUCCAUGUGGGCACAACUGAGCAUGAACUCUGGUGCUGAAUGGAUGUUAUGAUGACAGUCCUCCAGGUUUAAACCUUUUGGAUUUUAUCUGUUUCGCGUUAGUCGUUGAAGCUCAAAGAAGUGGGACGUGUAUUCAUACAAACACAUUUUACUCCCCCCCCCUCCUCCCCUCCUCCGUCUUGUCUAUCCGCGGUGCUUGCCUUGCUUUGAAGUCCACCAUGUGCGGCCGGGCACCGCCGCUGCAGCCGAGGCCAUGACCGUCCCCCAGCGGCGCCUGGCCGGGCUCUGGCCGUGGCUGCUCAUGGCGGCCCUGCAGGUGGUGCUGGGCCAGCCGGGCCUGGAGUCCGAGCGGCCGGCCCUCCGAGCGGUCAUCAAGGUGGCACUGCUGAAUCACGAGCCGACGGGGAAGCCCAUCACCCUGGAAGGGGUGUUCGUGGGAGGAAGUGCCGGCUUCGCGGAGGGAAAACUAAUGCAGUAUCACCCUUUGUCUCUGUGCAACACAAGCGAGGAUGAACGACAAGAGAGUGACUUUAUCACCAUUGUCAAACUGGAGCACAGGGUACCCCGCUGUCUGCCGCUGCUCGAUAAGGCUCGCAUGGCACUGGACAAAGGUGCUCAGGCUGUUAUCUUCGAUGUCAGUGAUGAUGCCAAUGCUGCUGCUGAGCUGCGAGAAACAGACUCCCUUCCCCGUCCGGUCGUGCUGGUGGAGGCGGAGGAUGCUGAGGAGCUGAUGGGUUUGGUCAACAAGAACGAGGAGGCCAAAGUUCGCAUUGAGAUCAUGAUGGAGCAGCCUAGAUGGCCACACUACGAUGUGGGUAUCCUGCUCACCAUCGUCCUAGCUAUUCUCACCAUCAUCCUAAUCUUCGCUUUCCGCUACAAGUGCAAGUCCAACAGAACAUGGGACUCUGUCCAUCAGCAGACCAUGCGGGCCAUUAGCCGAUUGGAGACCAAAACCUACAACUCCCAGGGUUGCUCUGGCUCUCAGCGCCACCGUGCUGCCUGGGGAUCAGCCAGCAGCUCCAACUCGAGCCCCGUUUGUGCUAUCUGCCUGGAAGAGUUCCAGGACGGGCAGCAUUUGAGGAUCAUCUCCUGUGCUCACGAGUUCCACAAAGACUGUGUCGACCCCUGGCUGCUACAACACCGCACCUGUCCACUCUGCAUGCACAACAUCAUGGGGACGGAGAGGCAGCCCCAGAGGAGCAGACUCCAGCAGAGUCCUGAGCAAAGCCAGGGUUUCCUGCACGCUCAGCCCUACAGCAGCCCGCGCAACCAUCCUUUCCCCCAGCAUGCCAUUCCCUUUUCGAUGAGGCCCCACUAUCCUCGUGGACCCUCUGGACCGUAUCCCUCUCUGGGCCACUACACUAGCUCUUCACCCAGGGACACCCAAACACUACGUUUCCUCAGCAGGCCGCUCGGCUCCGGCUGUGGGUACCACCUUCCUGUAGAGGGUCCCGGAAGGCCGCACAGGAUUGGAGGUAACUGCAGGACUUCCACCCAACACUACACCCCCCGUCGGUCCUGCCACAACUAUCGCUCAUCCUGUCCGGCCCAGCGCAGUGCCUCCAGCUCAAGACUGCACCACACCACCUCCGUCGCACCACAAUCCCGCGGAGCGCCGGCACAUAGCCGGCAGGAUGAGGGCAGCUGCUCGGGUGGCAGCUACCACACGGAACGCAGUGGAUACUUGGCUGAUGGGCCAGCAAGUGACUCCAGCUCAGGGCCGUGCCACGGCUCCUCCAGCGACUCGGUUCUCAAUUGUACUGAUGUGUCCCUGCAGGGAGUUUAUGGCAGCUGGUCCACUUUCCGUAGCUCUCUGAGUAGUGACUAUGAUCCAUUUGUGUAUUACGGGCCAGGUCCUGGGCGCGCUCCUCGCAGGAAUAGCCUGGAGGCAUGUGCCCAGGCCCGGCCCAGGUCUCUGGAUUCUGUGGUGAACAAAGCAGGCUGCCCCGAAGAACAGCCGCAGACUGUGUUCAACCACAUCCACUACCACCGCCACAGACACCACCACUAUGAGGAGGGGGAGCACAGCCAGGGCCCGAGCAGAGGCUCAGACGAGGAGCAGGGGGCUGCUGCUGCUGCUGCUGCAGCUCCACCUGCUGCUCUUGUCCUGGACAAAGACUCACCUGUAUGCCCUCCUAAGCACAGCCCCUGCCAGUGCCCAAAGCUAGACCCCACAGAUCGGCCCGGCCCCGGGCUAGAGUGUCAGGACCAUGACCCCGGGAGCCCAACAGGACCUUCUGUCCUGGUGUCCCCAAUCCCCAUUCAGCUUCAACCCCACUGCUGCCACCAGGGACACGGACACCCUCCGGCUCCUCUUGGGCGAGUGGGUGGCUGUGUGCUUGAAGGCCCCUCUGUUCGCUUCCACCAGAGCUUAGAUCUACAGGAUGACCGUAGCAUCCACAUCCACUACGGACAGGGUCCGGGCUUCUGCUGCUCUCCUCCUGAGCUGCACCCUGCCUUGCUACCCGUACCUCUCAUUCUGGACUCUGGAGGUAUGGAGGACUGGCCUUGCUGUGCCGGGGCCCAUGUUGUGUGGCAAAAGCGGGUGCAGCAGGCCCGCUCGGAGCCUCAGCUACUGGGUCCGGGGACCUCUAUGGACAGGCCGCCCUGCAGGUUCCACCACGGCCCUGCUGCUGACCGUAACACAGACAUUUGUUUGUACUGCCAAACAUUACAACACAAUCAGGGAUCAGAAGAGGAGUCUGGUGUGUGAGAACUUGUUGCAUCCCCCCCUACCCCCCCAUUAUCACGCUGCUACACAGGAGCCAGAAUGGACAAGCCUCUCAUUGGCUACCGCUCUCAUGUCUUCCACAUAAUUCCGCCAGAAAAGCCUUCGUUCAGACGAUUCCCCAGCUUCCCCCGAGGAUUCAAGUUAUUGAGUGAAAUUAUCAUGAUUAAAUCAUACAGAAAUGUCAGAAUAAUGCUGGACCCAUCAUAAUAUUGUAUAUCAGAAUUUUUGGGGGAGUUGCUGGGGAAACAACUCAUACACCACAAAGGGGAAAAAAGUGUUUUUUUUCUGUGUCAGUUACAAGAGGAAUAUUCAUUACCAAUAUGAUAUCACAAAUUUCCAUGCUCCUCAGUGACAACUAAUGAAUGAUCCUUGCUUAGGGAGCCCUCCAUGAAGUGAGACUCGAUCUCUGCAUUGCUCACUCUAUUACAGAAUAACUUGAUUUAUCUUAGAGGUACUUACUUUCUUUUUUUUUUUUUUUUUUUUUUUGCGGGAUCUUCGUCUUCCUUUGCUGAGUCUCAGCCUCAGCUGAGAGAAGCUUUUCUCUCCAGCCUACCUCAGCUCAGAUUUCUUAACAUGCCUCACACAAGGGGAGGUUCUUUAAAGGUACUGCUGUAGCUCCCACAAACUCAACAAAAAAAAAACACACAAAAAAAAAACGUUAGACCUGUCCAAACGGAGAGAAAGGUUGACGCUCAGACCCUCAAACAACAAGCAUUCACUGAGGUUGCUGAGCCUUGCAUGGGCCUUGUUUUCAUUAUUUCAAUAAUGGCAGCUGUUUUCAACAUAUUUGUUUGUGUUUUGGAUCAUUUUCUGUCUUGUUUUUUUUUUUUUUUUUGUAGUCUGUAAUUAUUUUUAUUUUUUUCACCUUUCAAAAUGAACCUGUUUGACUGAAUUAUGUCGUCGUCAUUACAAGCUAUCGUCUUGUUCUUGUCAUUUCUCUUGCCAGUGGUUACUUCACAUGUUUGACCUCAGUGCUGUUUAAACCCUCUCAUCAGUGCGUCUCAUCACUAUCCUCCUGCUCCUUUAGGAUAAACCCUCCCAUUGUCCUCCAGCAACUAAAGCUUUAGAGAAAUGUUCUACAUUGCAGCCAUAGAAUGAGAUCGAGAAUAUUUAAAGAUAUAACUGGAUUAAAGCCAUGCUAGGUAAACCUUACAGUCCCAAGCAUCAGCUCAGUCUGUCGCCGUAUCACCAGUUUCAUUAAAACCUCCCGUGAUUUCAAACUGUAGCGUAGGUAGAGCCUGAGAAAUAUCUCAGGAACAAUCAAACACUGGAAAAAUGGGAAGAAUUCAUCUUAGUUACAGUAAAUGAUGCCCGAGUCCUCCUGUUGUGGUAAAUGUGCAUUGCCAAUCCCUGUUUUUGAGCUUGCGGCACUUGAAGGAAGAUCCACCUUAAAUCCGAAAUCAAUUACAGUAUUUUAAAUCUUUUCAUUCAGAUAAAUAGAUUUUAAAAUGUGUAACAAUCUCUCCAAACUUCAAACAUCGGAAUUAAGGUUUAUAUCUUUGUUUCCAACUAUUCAAUCUUCCCGGAUUUAACCACUCUGGCAGACAGACAGACAGAAAAUGUGUUUAUAUCCCAGCUAAACACUUAAACUGUGCAGAUAAAAGUCGACCUCGCCGCGCCGUCAACGAUGGCUCUGUUAUUUUUUUUACCCACAGACUUCCUCAUGCUCGCAUGUACAAGACUAAAUCAUCUGUAAAAGCGUGGACUUUCCUUUAAAGUGAAAAUGUGAAAGCAGAUUUCAGAAACAGCAGACAGAUAGCUCAUGGUAUUGCAAUGUAACCUAGAAGCACUUACUAAAGCCUCAUAUGUGCCUUAUGCAUUCAAAACUGUUCACCAUCCCAAAUCAGGAACCUCCCAACACAUUAAGCUCUUACCUAUCUAACCAAAGAGGCAAAAUCUUGAACACAGUGAACAAAGUGUGUAUCAUGCCCCCCCUUUUUUUUUCCUGCUUCAACCCUUUUCCUUAAAUCUCAGAAUUAAAUGUGCUUUCAGUGACAAGAGAGAGCACACCAGAACUGAAGUGGAAAUCAUUUUUUUUGGACAAUCGUGCAGAAAUGUUCAACUGCAGUCCCUUUGUACUAAUACCUCACUUUGAAUGUGUCAAUGCAGCGUCCUCCAGCUAAAAUAUCAGGGUUUCCUCAUCUGUUUUUGUUUUUUGUUUCGUGCCCAAAUGGUCUCCAAGACUGAGAGAUGGAAAUGACUGAAUUACAAGAAGCACUUUGGCUUAAGCAGAUUUUAUAUUAAAAGAAAAAAUACAUAAAUCUCAUAGUAUUAAUUUAAAAAAAACAAGCCCAAAACUGUCAGCACAUGAAAAAAAAAAAAAGCAUUUAGUGAUGCCGCAGAAUAUCCGAUGUGAUUUCAUCCUGUUCAAGAUCUUUCUCUUUGUGUUGUUUAUGUGUUUGUUUUGUUAUGUUUGCAAGAAUAACGAGCUGAAACUGCCUAUUCUAUGAGUUAAGAAAAAGAAAAGAAAAAUCCCUCAGAACUUUAAGGGAUAUGUCAGUAUAUUUUGGAUACUUUGUGUACAAAAAAGAGAACAACAAGAACAGAAAGAGAAAAACAGAUGAAAUAGUGUUGUAUUUUAUAUAUAAUAGAACAUUUCAAUAUAGUGACAUGUCACUAAUAUAUUUAUUUACUAAUAUAUUUAUCCAUUUUGUCCAGGUUUGAAAGAGUGGUUUCUGUAUAGACUGAAUGUUUCUAUAUGGAAACUGACCAGUGCCAUCACAGAUGUAUCAACCUGUCUUCAUUCCAAUUAUAUGCAAAUAAAUUAUUUUGAAAUAAAACCUCUGAGGUGCUGAGAGUUGUGUUUGUGUGCCACUGUUAAAGGAAUCAUUCACACAAAAGUUACCCGACAUUAAAGAGAAUUUGGUCUUUUAUUACUUUUUUAUCUAUUUUAUUAGACCUCAAGAAAUACCCAGAUUUUUUACCCAACUAACAAAGAUAACUACAACUAAACACUUGAUUACUUAAAAUAUUAAUUUACAAUAUAACAGUUUAUCGUUUGUGUUUUGCCUACGAAACACAAGGCUGUAAAGUGACUUUGUUUUUUUCACAGUCCAAUAAAUGUCAAAACUUUCAUUGUGAUUUGAAAUAUCACUCGAGUGAGUCAUAUGUUUCAGUAGUAAAGAUAGAAGAAGAGAUUGACACAUGACACACACAUAUUGAGAACAUAUCAUUGUAAAGGAGGAGUAGAUUUGGGUAAAAUACUUAGAUUCACUUUCUUGGUGAGAGUUAGAUGAAAGAUUGAUGUAACUCUCAGCCAGCCUGGCUGUGGAAUUACAUAAUACACCCCCCAAAGUCAUGUUGUCGUUGGGGGGUGUUGAUCUGAUUACCUUUGGACAUGUGGUAGGGUAGAUAGGUGUGCUAAGUUUUAACCACAGUGACCUGGGUUCAAUUCCAGGCUGGGUCCUUUGCUGCAUAUCAUCUCUCUUUUCCCUGAAUUUCCUGUCUAUCUCCAGCUGUCACUAUCAAAUAAAAGCAAAAAAAUAGCUUUAAAAGGAAAUAGGCUCUAUGUUUCAUGUCUUUGUGCUAAGCAGGUUUAGCGUACAGACACAAGCAGCAUCCUAUAUAAUCGUCUGUAAAGUAGGGAAUUACAUGUCCAACCAUGCCUAUUAUAACUGUGUGUUUACUUUUUACUCUUGUGUUAUAUGUUUUCAUUAUGUGUGGUUAUGUAUGUGUGGGGUUUUUUUUCUCAUGUUCUCAUCCUGUGUUGUUUUUUAUUGCUACUACACCAGAACCAAUUGCCCCCCUGGGACAAAUAAAGAUCUUGAACUUGAUCUUGUCUCAUCUCAACUCUUGGCAAGAGAGCAAAUAACUAUACUUCCCGAAAUGUUAAACUAGUCCUUUUAAAAUUUGUACACCUGUUUCCCAAACCUGCAUGCCAACCCGCACGAACAUGAG